AUGAUCCACCGAUUAAAUAUAGUCAAUAUGAUUUUCUGGGUUUGAUUCUCCAUGAAUUGUGUCAUGGAUUAGGUUUUCAAACGUCGUGGAGCACGUGGUCACCCGAUGAUUCAUCACAAUAUAUCACACCUAUGUUGAUAACAGAAGAGGACUAUGAAUUUUUAUGGGAAGAUCGUUAUGAUCCUAAUCAACGCGUUACUUGGAUGGGAUUUAGAGAAAAUAUAUUUGAUAAAUAUUUGGUAUUCACUGAAACAGGAACAUACGUUUCGAAUAUGACAGCAAUAUUAAAUGGGUUUUUUAGUGAUGGUGCUCUUAAAGGAAGUUAUUAUGAUUUUCAACAAAAAUUUAUGUCAUCGCAACAGUAUGAUAUAGCCAAAGAGAUGAUGAUUAUAUCAACACAACCACAAACUCUUGGGUUAGUUAAUUGGAACUUAACUUCUCACCAUAACACUAGUCAACAAGGAGCAUUUAAUAUAAGUGACUUGUUUGUGGUCGACACUACAUCAAAUGUAUUCGAUCCGUACAAUAGUAUAAAUCAUGUGGACUAUACGAUAUAUACUAAUACUAGUGACUUCUUGAUGAGAUAUCAAUUAUUUCCAGGAGAGACACUAAGCGGCGAUAUUAAGCUUGGAGGCAAAUUCCCCAAAGGACAACUUGUUG